AUGUCUUCGGCCAACACGGGAGCGCCUCAGGGGACAGGCACCACUUCGAUUGGAUCUACGCGCGUCCAGGCAAGCGAGUAUAUCUGCGCCGACUGCGCCGCUCUCAACGAGGUCCGACCUCGCGAGCCCAUCCGCUGCAGGGAAUGCGGUCAUCGCGUGCUUUACAAGCAGAGGACCAAGAGGAUGCUUCACUUCGAGGCUCGAUGA